GGGGUUCAAUGGAAAUCGAGAGGAAGCUGCUUCGUCUUCUCCAUUGCCACAAUACUCGAACCCGUUUACCCGAAAUCCACGCGCAUCUCCUCCGUCACUUCCUCCAUGGUUCCAAUCUCCUGCUCGCACACUUUAUCUCCAUCUGCGGAUCCCUCCGCUACUCUGAUUACGCCUCCCGCGUCUUUGCUCACAUCCAAAACCCUAACGUUCUCGUCUUCAACGCCAUCAUCAAAUGCUACUCCCUCGUCGGUCCUCCUCUUCAAUCUCUCUCUUUCUUCUCUUCCAUGAAAUCCCGCGGCAUUUGGGCUGACGAGUACACCUACGCGCCUUUGCUCAAAUCAUGUUCCUCUCUGCCUGAUCUGCGGUUCGGCGAAUGCGUUCACGGAGAGGUUAUUAGAACUGGGCUCCACCGGCUUAGGUCUAUACGGGUCGGGGUGGUGGAGCUCUACGCUUCCAGUGGGAGAAUGGGAGAUGCCCAGAAAGUGUUCGAAGAAAUGCCUGAGAGAAACGUGGUCGUGUGGAACCUGAUGAUUCGCGGGUUCUGCGACUCUGGGGACGUUGAAAGAGGUCUUAGUCUGUUCCGGAAGAUGAGAGAAAGGAGCAUUGUGUCGUGGAAUUCGAUGAUAUCGAGCAUGUCCAAAUGUGGUAGAGACCGUGAGGCUUUGGAGCUUUUCUGCGAAAUGAUUGAUCAAGGUUUCGAUCCAGACGAGGCUACUGUGGUCACAGUCUUGCCAAUCUCUGCAUCUCUCGGAGUUUUGGAUACCGGGAAAUGGAUUCACUCUACAGCAGAAUCAAAGGGUUUGGUUAAAGAUUUCAUCGCCGUGGGAAACGCUUUGGUAGAUUUCUACUGCAAAAGCGGGGACUUGGAGACAGCGACGGAGAUAUUCAGAAAAAUGCAGAGGAGAAACGUUGUUUCAUGGAACACCAUGAUAUCCGGAUCAGCUGUAAACGGAAAGGGAGAGUCCGGGAUUGGCUUGUUCGAUGAGAUGAUCGAGGAAGAGGAAGUAGCUCCUAACGAAGCGACAUUUGUAGGGGUUUUGGCAUGUUGCUCGUACACAGGUCGGGUCGAGAAAGGAGAAGAACUGUUUGGUUUGAUGAUGGAGAAAUUCAAACUUGAGCCGAGCACCGAGCAUUACGGUGCGAUGGUUGAUCUUAUGAGUAGGAGUGGGCGGAUCAGAGAGGCGUUUGAGUUUCUCAAAAGUAUGCCCGUAAACGCUAAUGCAGCAAUGUGGGGGUCGCUGCUCAGUGCAUGUCGCAGCCACGGAGAUGUAAAGCUAGCUGAGGUUGCAGCCAAGGAGUUGGUGAGGAUUGAGCCAGGGAAUUCGGGGAAUUAUGUUUUGUUAUCAAAUUUGUAUGCAGAGGAAGGGAGAUGGGAAGAUGUGGAGAAGGUAAGAGCGAUGAUGAAGAAGAAAUCGCUGAGAAAAUCUACAGGCCAAAGCACCAUUUGCGAUGCAUCAUUGUGAGAAGUAACUGGUUUUCUUGAUAUCAUUUUGU